CAGACCAGGAAGCGGCAGCAGCGGCGGCGGGUGGGGAGGAGGGAAGCCGUCGAGCCUCCCCCUUUCUCUGGAGGAUUCCCCCCCCCCGCCGAGGAAGGACUGGUUUUCCCGGCCUUGGGCUCGUCUCUCCACCAUGGGAGAGAUUAAAGUCUCUCCGGACUAUAACUGGUUUAGAAGUACAGUUCCUCUUAAAAAGAUUAUAGUAGAUGACGAUGACAGUAAAGUUUGGGCCCUCUACGAUGCGGGGCCUCGGAAUAUCAGGUGCCCCCUUAUAUUCCUCCCCCCGGUCAGCGGCACGGCAGACGUUUUCUUUCAGCAGAUCUUAGCCCUGUCUGGAUGGGGUUACAGAGUCAUUGCCUUGCAGUAUCCCGUUUACUGGGAUAUUUUUGAGUUCUGCGAUGGAUUCAGAAAGCUCUUAGAUCAUCUGCAGCUGGAUAAAGUUCACCUGUUUGGUGCUUCGUUGGGAGGCUUUCUGGCCCAGAAGUUUGCAGAAUACACCCAUAAAUCUCCCAGAGUCCAGUCUCUGAUUCUAUGCAACUCUUUCAGUGACACCUCGAUCUUCAACCAGACAUGGACGGCAAACAGCUUUUGGUUACUGCCGGCCUUUAUGCUGAAGAAAAUUGUACUCGGGAACUUCGCUUCUGGCCCUGUGGAUCCAGAAAUGGCCGACGGAAUCGAUUUCAUGGUUGAUAGGUUGGAAAGUCUGGGUCAAAGCGAGCUCGCUUCAAGACUUACCCUCAAUUGCCAGAAUUCGUAUGUGGAACCUCAUAAAAUCAGAGACAUUCCCGUGACUAUUAUGGACGUCUUUGACCAGAGUGCUCUUUCAACUGAAGCCAAGGAAGAAAUGUAUAAGCUGUACCCUAAUGCCAGAAGAGCCCACCUGAAGACAGGAGGGAACUUUCCCUAUCUUUGCAGAAGUGCCGAAGUCAAUCUGUAUGUCCAAAUACACUUACUUCAGUUCCAUGGAACCAGAUACGCUGCCAUCGAUCCUUCCAUGGUCAGCGCUGAAGAACUCGAGGUCCAGAAAGCAAACCUCCAAGCCAGCAGUGAUCUGGAGCAGGUGCCGUAGCUCUCACCUGCGUGGCCUUGCUUCACCUGGAGAGGGUUUUUUUUUCUUUUUCGGUCUUCUCUGCAGCAGCAUCUUUCCAGUCUGCCUUUUCCUUACUACUUAACCGGAGGAUUAGACCUGUUAUCUCUGAACCACUCUUAUUACAUGAAAUAAAGGUACCGACGCUUGCUUACAUCGCCGCAACGAGCUAUCCUCGUUUCAGUUCAGGUGGUUAAGGAUGUAACUUCGGAAGACUUGUUUUUAGAAAACAAAAUAUCGAAGACAAAAUUUUUGCUACCAAAGCCUUCACAACUGUGUUCUUGGAAGAGACUAUUUUUUUGAAUAUGCAUAUUCUUUGUGUGUCCCUCUGUAUAUGUGUGUGUCUGUAUAUAUCAUCAGCAAAAUUCUCUGGAGGUCCAGUUAUCAUUUGAUGGGAUGUUUACUUUCAGAAACACCUUCGUUGACGUGCCAAGGUUGCCUUUUCUUUCUUUUAUAACCUUUUGCCCACUGGUGACUUUGUUUGUGACUGAAAUAUUCAUUUUUGUAAAACUGCCUUGCUAUCAGAAUAAAAUGUUUGAAUAAAAUUUCA